AUGUCUUCAAACGAACUUCCACAGCGGCCCAAGCGCAAGCACAGCCUUCGACGAUGGAAAAAGAGAGAGCUCUCCCCCGAUUCGUCCAAACAGGCUGAAACCCUCCUCGAUGCCGCCACCAAGUCCCGCGAUAAUGGCCUGCUCCAAUCGUCAUUCGACUUCUUUGAGGCAAAGCAGAACCAAAAGCAAGAGGCCAAAAGCAACUCUGCCGCCCUCGCCAACAAGAUCCAAGACCUCGAAGCACAGUUGCAACAAGCCAAGGUCCGGCUGGAGGAGUCACAAGCCGAAGAAAGAAGAGUCCAAGCCCAAAUCAGCGACCUCCACUUCAUGCUAGAGUAUGGCGACUGGUACGCGUUUCUCCCCACGGCUAUGCGGCCCCAUGAGUCUACGAUCGAGCAAGACGAUGCCGACAACAAGAUCCGGCCUUUGCUUUUGAGUGCCUAUCAUGAUCGCACGACUCAGGCGCGUGUGGCUGGGAUGGCCCAGGCAGAAGCCGAGAACAGGCAAUACACUGGAUCCAAGGAUGAGCCAAAGAAAGUCUUCGCUCAAGAGUCCAAAGACAUUCAGCCAAGCGCGUAA